AUGCCUCCACGAAGAGUAGUUAGAGUUCGUCCAGCUAUGAAGAGUGUUGAGGAACAAGAGUUACCGAAUGCCCUAGAUGUUCAAACCCAAGAAGAGAUCAAGUAUGCUGAUCGUCGCGAAGCUAUCCGUAUAUUAAGUCAAGUUGCGACCUAUCAUGUUGGGCAGAGAGAUAAUCGACACGAAGUGGUUGAUACUUCAAGAAUCCGUGAACUCUUUAUGAACCCACCAAGCUUCUUAGGUUCAAGUAUUAGUGAGAAUCUGGAGAAUUUCAUUGAGGAGCUUAAAAGGAUAUUUGAUGUGAUGCAUAAUAGGGCUGAGGAUGCGCCAGCAGUAAGUUGGGUUGUGUUUGAGAGUGCUCUCAUGGGGCGUUUCUUUCCUCGUGAGUUGCGAGAGUCAAGCAAGGAAGGCAAGGCAGCUAUGCUGAUAGGGGAUAUUGACCUAGCAAAAUUCAUGAUUCAUUUACAACCAGUUGGGGAGGAUAAGUUGAAGGAUAGAGAAGAGUCUAAGGAUAAGAGGGCUAAGAUAGAGAGACCGGUUCAGCCAUCUGCUAGUGUGCCUGCACUUGAGAACGAAGAUGGGCACAAAAGAAAUUCCUAUAAUUUCAGGGCUAGACCUGCCUAUCUUCAAGGAAGUAUAGUACCAAGGGGUAGUAAGGCUCCUUCAUGUGCUAGGUGUGGUAGAACUCACCCAGGGAAGUGUCGUCAGGGCCAGACAGGUUGCUUUAAGUGUGGACAAGAGGGACACAUCAUAAAGGAGUGCCCUAAGGGCAGGCAAGGUAGUGGAAAUCUGAGCAGUAAGGCCCAAUCUUCUUCAGUUGUCCCACCAGACAGGAUGACACCUAGAGGAGCUACUUCUAGUACUG